AUGGAUGGGAAAGGCUUGUUCGUGGAGAUAGGGAUGAAGGAGGAGGACAUUGCCACAAUGCUGUUUGGGAAGAAAGUUGCCGAGCUGGCAGAAGAUGCAUUUGAUGGUUCCAAGGAAGAAAGACAGAUCUUUGAGGGUGUCUUCUGUCUAAAAAACAUUGAUGGAUUAAAUGAUCAUCAUCAUGAAGGCACUGGACAUACUGUGGAUGCAGGCAAAGUGGUGACAAGGUCUAGCAAACCAUCGAGCUCUGCCCACAAUUACAAGACAGCACACUGUCGCAUAGUAGAGUCCUUCACUGCUGGCAACUUAUCAAGCUAUCGUGUCUCCUGUCUUGGUGCCGAUGAGCAGGCUCACCGAGCAAUGCAUUCUCCUGAUGCUGUCCAUUUUGAGCUUGCGGUACAGUGUACUCCUCCCCCUGAUCGGGUGUACACUCGUAGGGUGGUAAAUCGCAGGAGCGAGAGGGCAACAAUUUGCAGUUCAAUGGAUUUGGAGAGCAUUGACAUUUCCAAUUUCAGUCGUCGGAGGGAUGGUCGUGGCCACGGAGAGCUUUGGAACCAUCUUCGUCUGCAUGCACAGCUUCUGAUGGUGGAUGCCGGGUGGAAGAUUGAAGGCAAGGAAAGAGGCAACAAGACUACGGUUAAGGUUGAUCAUGUUUAUGUGGCACCAGACAAUGUGAUGACACGCCUGUUUUCUCUUCCCAGAGCAUGGAAAUACUUUGGCCAGUGGUUGCUUCUGACAACACCCUGUGUCAAUGGAAAUGAGUCAAUUGACUACGGAAAGGAGUGGUCGAACAUACAUGAAUUUGUGUAUGAUUUGAAGAACACACUGCUAUGCUUACAGUAUGAUGUCCAACGUACGAAGCCAGCACUAUCUUUCCUCUCCCAGUGGCAGCUCCUUGAUCCUUUCAUGGCUGUUGUUUGCAUUGAUAAGAAGGUUGGAGCUCUUAAACAUGGAGUGGCACUGAAAGCUGUUAACAGCACUACGACUUUCCUCAAUCGCAGUGAGUGUAAGCUGUUGAAUGCCAAGAUUUCAAGUAGGUCACUUGGGGUCAACCCCACAAGUAAAUAUACGAAUCCACAUCUCAGCUCCUGCAAAAAAAGUCUUCUGCGGCUUCUCUCUGAAUCUGAUUAUCAGCCUGGUAAGGAAGGGAAUCCUAUGCCUAAUGAAGAAGCUUCUCUAUUUUGUACAAACAAGACUAGCGAAGAUGAAGCUGAUCGACGGUCAUUGUGUAUGUCAGAAAUGAAUGAAAGAGGCAUAAGAAGCACAGCUCAUCGCAUAGUUAUGGGUCUUCAUGAUGCAACAGCUUUUCUUGGCUCAAGUCAAACUUGUUCCGGCAGGAAAAGGAAAUUUCCGUGCAUCAAGUCUAAAGAGGAUCAUCAAGCUGAAGACAAGUCUAAAGAGGAUUCAUCUGCAUUAAGUCAUCUGGUUGAAAAUGUUCAAAAAAAUGAUGUUAGCUCUCAUGGCUAUGAAACCACAGAAAUUGAUGAGAUGUACCUAGGAGAUAAUUUACUGUUUGCCCCCGAGAUUGAUGAUAUGCUACUUGGAACUACAGAUGAUAUCAACAAUGAACAGCAUGAUGAUGCAGCUGUCUCUGAGCCCCAAUCGGCAGAUAAUGAUGGGAGUGGACCUUCUGGUGCAUCAUCACUAACACCAGAGAAAGAUGCAUACAUGGGAGCUAAAAAGGAUUGUAUUAACAAUGGCUAUCAUGAUCCUCCAGUUGUCUCUGAGUUCCAAAUGGCCAAUAAGGAUGCAGAAUGUGAACCUUCUGGCACAUUCUCGCUACUAUCAGAAAAGGGUAAAUAUUUGGAAGCUCAUAAAACGAGCUUGGAAGAUCCAGCAAAAACAGGACAAUUAUCAUCUGAAGCUAGUGGCAGCACUUUGAUGAUCUCAGAGCCACAAGUAUUGUUUGUGUCCCCACAAGAUGAGACUCUGUCUUUCGUGAACAAUAAUAUGAACAACCAAGAGAUGUUGAGCUUCCUGAAUGCUUCCCCUGACACCAUGGAUACUGAAAUGCAGCUGGACUCUAAUUCUUUGGUUUAUGAGGCAAGCUUGAUCCAGGGUUUCUUGUACCUUGACAAUGAGGGUUCUCCAAUUUGUUGGACAGUAAUGAACCCUGAACCUCCUAGGCGCUUGAUAUGUGCUACUGCUCCAGAACCAAACUCGAAGCUGUCGAAACAGUAUGUUGAAAUGAGGUUGGAGAAUGAUGCAUCAACCUCUGAACAGAAGAAGGGGAAAAAAUGGCCCGAUAAGGCUGCAGAUAUCCAAGACAGUGUCAGAUAUCCUUUGAAUCUAGUGCUUGCGAACAAAAAUAACAAGGACCAAGGUGAGCAAAGCAGUGAACCUUCGGAACAACUCAUGUCCAAAGAACCACACAAAAGGGACAUCAAAAGGCAAAAGAGAACAUGGUCUCGCACAUGCAAGUUUGAUGAUGAUGACCUUCUGAUGACAGCUGUAAUAUAUAAGCUGACAGCACGUUACAGGAACUCUUUUCAUCGGAAGCUCAGAAAUAAACUCGGUUUCAAGCGUCUUCCAAGAUAUCGCUGGGAGAAUGAAGAUAAAGGUGACAGGAAGAAGUUUCCUGGAGGAGCAAGGACGGUGCUGAACAAGUUACUUGAAAUGGGCAUUGUUGCUAGAGUGAACAUUCUUCAAUGUCGAGGUCCAGGAGGCAAAAAUGUGUUAAAGGAUGGGAACAUAACUACGAGUGGCAUUCGAUGCCGAUGCUGUGGCACCACAUUCACAAUGUCCAAGUUUAAGUGUCAUGCUGGUCUCAGGCAAGAAGUCCCAUCUCUGAAUCUUUUCUUGGGUACAGGCAAAUCAUACAGUCUUUGUCAGCUUCAAGCAUGGUCUAUAGAGCAGAAGGUGAGGAAAGAGCGUGCAAAAGAUACAAUGUCCCUUCAAGCAGAUCAAAACGAUGAUACCUGUGGAUCAUGUGGCGAUGGUGGUGAACUGAUAUGCUGUGACAAUUGUCCUGCUAGUUACCAUCAAGCCUGCUUGCCUUGUCAGGAUAUUCCAGAUGGCAACUGGUACUGCUCUAGCUGCCUUUGCGACAUUUGUGGGGAAGUAAUCAAUUCAAAGGAGCUCAGAACUUCCCUUCCUGCUUUAGAAUGCUCACAGUGCGAACGCCAAUGUAAUAUUUAUACAAUCUUUCGUUCUCGUGUUGGAGUGCCUGAUCACGUGGAUGAUGGUCUGUCUUGCACCAUUCUUCGUAACAAUGGUGAUAAAAAGGUUCGUACAGCAGAGGAGAUUGCUCUCAUGGCUGAAUGCAACAUGAAACUUAUGAUUGCCUUGAGUAUUAUGGAAGAAUGUUUCCUGCCUAUUCUAGAUCCCAGGACAGGGAUAGACAUUAUUCCCUCUAUAUUAUAUAACUGGAGGUCUGAUUUCAUACAUUUCAAUCACAAGGGGUUCUAUACUGUAGUUUUGGAAAAUGAUGACAGCAUGGUAUCUGUUGCCUCCAUAAGGUUGCAUGGUGCAAUUGUAGCAGAGAUGCCUCUAGUAGCAACUUCUACAGAGAACCGUCAGCAGGGGAUGUGCAGGCGCCUCAUGGAUUACAUUGAGGAGAUGCUGAAAUUUCUGAAGGUGGAGAUGCUACUCCUAUCAGCAAUUCCGCACCUAGUGGAGACAUGGACAUCAACAUUUGGGUUUAGAGAGAUAGACGAUUCAGACAAGAAGAGGCUAAGUAAGGUGAGGCUGGCAGCAGUUCCGGGAACUGUCCUACUGAAGAAGAACCUGUGUGAAUGUUCAGACGUGGACACCGACGGGGCCGAGGCCGAGCAUCAGCACGGGCCGUCUGAGGUUUCCGCGGUGGAAAUGGAAAGCCUCGUUGCUCUAGUAGGAGCUCUGAAGAUCGCUUCACCCUGUGCCUGUGCAGCUGUGAACCGGUCUGCUUGUAGUCUUCUUGGCGAAUGUAAGUGUGACUGA